AUGUCAAGACCGGCCUCGAGAAGUAGUUCACAUCUGGAGCCUCCGCGAAAGAGCGUGGAACUGAUUGACCCUGGUGCGCAUGAGUUAUCCUCAGAAGGGGAAGAAGAAUACUUCUCCGACGCUUCAGAAGGCCGCAGACCUACCUCCAGACCAACUUCCAGACCGGUCACCCCUUCGUCACCUAUCCCAAGGACACGAAUAGAGAAGAUCGAUGAUGUCCCGGCCCAUGGCGAGAUUCCUGGUACAACUGCGUAUGAACAAAGAGCCAGUGACGCCGUGCCUGAUGAGGUGGAGAUACUGUUCCCAGGUCGACUCGGUGAAAGCUCUUCCCAAUUGCCCGAACAUGCAACGACACCCGGAGGCAGUCCAAUACCUCUGACGGUAGUGGAGAAAGUUGACCCGGAAUCUCCAAGCCACGGCGAAAUCCCUGGGACUACUGCCUACCUGCAGAGACAGAUGGAUGCGGCUCCGGAUGUGGUUCUCAACCACCCUGAAUCCGGGAGGAGACGGAGUGUAGCCGAGGGUGAUUCCGACGAUGCAAGUCCAAAGCCUGCUGUAUUGUCAACCCCCAUUCCGGAGACUGUCGUUACACGCAUCGAUACCACACCUGCGCACGGCGAGGUUCCAGGGACCGAAGCGUACGAGAAACGCACUCAAGACGCCACCCCGGACGUUUUGGAGAUCAAAGACACCACUUCAGGGUCACCAACACUCGACGAAUCUGCAAGAGGUUCGGAGAAGGAGCACACCACGAACGACGAACAAGAUAAUGACGGCAACGACUUUGGAGACGACUUCGACGAUUUUGAGGAGGGCACCCAGGCUGUAGCUGAUGAUGACUUUGGGGACUUUGGUGGAGAAUUCCAGGAACCCGAAGCUGAAGCUGAAGCCGAGACCGCGGAGAGCCCUCCUGUAUCUAUCUUUCAAAACAAUGAUAUACCCGCCACACCUUUUCCUCUGGUGGAUUUCGACCAGCUCUCCUCCUUAGCAGAGCUUCUUACUGCCACUCAAGCUCACCUAGAUGCCAUGUUUCCCUCUUCUACCGCCGACCGAAUAUCCAUACUUCCACAACCAGACCCAAUUGCCGAAUCUUCCCCCAUCUUUCCAUCCGACAGGUCACGGUCGUUAUGGAAACAACUUAUCACGCCUCCACCAUUGCAACCGCCCAAUUGGACUCAGUCACGCAUUAGACGGCUGUUCCUGGUCAGCCUAGGCGUACCUGUCGAUCUCGACGAGAUCCUGCCUCCUUCGAAACAGAAGAAGCUCGUGCUGCCGGACAUCAACCUGGAGCCCUCGUCUCGAAAGUCAGAAUCUGACAAGACGCUUGGAUCAGUGGCGCGGUUGAAAGCCCAGGCUGCCAAUGACUCGACUGGUUCGUUGGACAGCACCCAAUCCGGAACAAAGGAGCGGCCGAGUCGGUCUAGGAGACCGAAAGGCCCACCUCCUCCCCCGGAACUCGACCUAGUCGCCGUGAAGCGUCUCUGCGCAACCACGGACGAGAAACUCGACGGGUUCACGGAUGAGGAACUGGAAGCCCAUGUCGCCGAGUUGAAGGACGUCACAGAAAAGACGUCGGAGUUAUUGGAAUAUUGGUUAAAACAGCGGGAUGGGUUACGGAAAGAAAAGGAAGCCUUCGAGGGUGUGAUUGAAAACCUCGUCAGGCAUGCCAGAAGGGUCCGGAAAUGA